AUGACUUUGCUUCAGUAUGCCGAAGAGCUGCCCGUGCCGCUGUCCGAGAUCAAGCAGGGCAAGACCAACUUCACCUUCACCUACGAGCUCGACCCGUGCGAGCAGCACCUCGGCGCGGCGGAGAUGUACAAGCAGUUUCGCGGCGUCGGGUUCCAUUUCUACCACCGCACCACCAUCCGCUCGGUGCUGCACAACGACAGCAAGGAGUACUACCGCGACGACGAGUGGUCGUGCGAGGAUGCGGUCACCAAGCUGCAGCAGCAGGGCCUGAUACCGGAUGAUGUGAAUUUCGACGCUGACGUCUGGAAGCAAAGCGACCACGCGGAGUACACCUGCCAAACGAGGACGCCGCUCGGGUGUAACGAAUGUCCGAUGGGGUUUCAGCAUCAGCAGGAUCGUUCCAAAUUCCGCGAUGGGUUUGGGGUUUGCACCGGCGCCUGCCCUGCGAAUUGCAUCUACUGCCGGUAUCCGGGUGAUAAGUGUCAGCGCUGCGCCCGUGGCUUCUCGCCGACGUACGACAACAGGCAGUGCUUGGAGCCGGAGUUGGAAUGUCCUAGUCGACUUUUCCAGUUCACCGGUCGAUGCCAAGAAUGCAAGCCCGGCCGUCUUCUCGUCAUCAAUCGAUUCAAGAGGGCCUGCGUUUUACUGUGCCCAAAGAGCACAUACCUCGACGACGAUACGAAACGCUGUAUCGCCUGCCCACCGUGGUGUAAGCAGUGUGAUGGGUAUGCUGCAGAAGGACCCUUCUAUGGCGAAACGAACAAACACUGCCUGGCCUGCCGAACGUACGCGCGGAUCGAGACGGAAUCUAAAUCGGCCUUUUGCGACAUUUCGGCGAUCGAUUCGGCGGUGAAGCCCGAAAAAUUUGUCGCCGGCUUUUAUGUGGUGAUCCGAUUCCCGAAAUACGGAGUCCCGAUGCCCGGCGGCACCUGGAUAAAUCUGACGGAAGCGCGCGGAUGGUCGGGCCGCGCCUUUUCGAUCAGCUUCCGGAAACGGAGGGAGUGGGACAAGUAUUUUGAGUGGAGGCAGAGAGAAUCGAACUGGUCGGUGGUGGACGUGUGGAAGCCGUUCUGCCGCAGUCCCGACUGCUUGGAUAACUGCGAGCCGGGCCACUCGAUUUAUCAUGUAAAACAGCAU